GAACAAAGGUGUUUCUUCUGAUCAUGAAUGUGGGGAAAGAAGAUCAACAUUGAUUUCAAGUGAAGCUACAUUAGUGAAAAGCCAAUUAAGAAAAGAGAGGUCAUCAGAAGAGCAGAGACUUAGCACAGACUCUGAGAGAAAAUUGGAAAUCACACAUAGAGAUGAAAAAGUAUUUUCUGAAAGCCCUUUGUCAGAAGUUAAAGAAGUGGAAAUUCCUGUCCCUCAUGAGAUCCAGCAGGUGGAUAGUAGUCAGUGUUUGAAACAUAUGGACCAUAUUUCUCAUGAAGCUUCUGAUGAACUAAAUUUAAAAGCAUUUUCUGAAGGAUUAGAUUCCACUGAAUCAUUGUCCAAGUCAAACAACUUCUCUCUGAGAUGGGGAAGUGCCAAAUCAGACUCUUCAUUCCCAGAAUUUCAGAAAGUGGCUGCAGCUUGGAUUGACAUCUCUGAAACCUCAAUUUCAGACUCUGAGUUAGAGCUGAAUAAUGAAGAGGGGACAGAUGUCAGUAUCCCAGAAGAGUUUGUCUGUGACAAUGAUGUGUUUCCUAAUCUUUUGAAAGAGACACUAAUAGCAACAAGUGCCAAACACCGUGAACAUGAAGUGCCCACAGAUGACAGCACUGAGGCUUCCUCACACACCCUGAAAUACUGUGGAGAUGUUCCAGAUAAUGGCUGCACUGAUCACUUGCUUGCUUUCAUUCCAUCUAACAAAGCAAAUGCCUCCAAAACAAAGUCAGCAGACUCCUCCCAAUCUGAUAACCCUGCCCAAGGAAUGGAUGAGCCACAUCUGGAUGCCUCAGAAAACUCCAGUAGAAACAAAACCUGUUCUCAGGAGAUCACAAAACAGGGUAAAGAUGCAGUUGCCAGCUCUUCAUGUAGUGAUGAUAUUUACUCAAGUAAGGUCCAUGAGCAGCAGAAACCUGUUUCUCCAACUAGCAGAAUGAAAAAGGAUGAUGGAAUAAAUAGUUUAUUUGUGGAUCAAAACAGAGACCUAACAGGGUUGCCACUGACAAGUUCUAUGAAACAUCUAGAUGUGGUUGCUGACCACCUCAGGAACACUGUCUCUUUUCCACCUGACAAAGAUAUUACAAAGAACAAAUUAUCAGCAUGUCUAUCUUCAAGAAACUUGUUUCUGUCCACAUACAUGUCAGGAAUUUCUGAGGAAGUUGAUACAGAAACAAAUUCAUUGGAGUCUUUGCAAAGGGUGACCACAGGAAAUCAAAAUAACUCAGCUGAAAGGCAAGGUGUAAAGGAAGUGAGGAGGGGUCUGUUUUCUUCUGUUUCCUCAAAAAAACAAUUGUUUCAACCUGAGAACUGCUCUUCCAUAGGUGAAGAUGAUAUAAUUAUUAGUGAUGAGGGUCUCCCUCCAACUGAUGAGGAUACCCUGUCAGAAAUACUGUCUCCUGUUGAUGAAGUAUUGUCCUAUGGAAGUGCUGAGUUGCCAUCCUCUAAUAAAAAAGAGUUGUCAUUUUCAAGUGAAGAUCUUCCUCCUCCCCCUUUUGGUGCAGAUGCAAUGAAAAAUUAUGAUCCUAGCUUUAGUAUGGAGGAUUUCCUAUCUCCAACAGAACCAAUGACAGUCUUGCAGAAUAGAGAGUGUGUGGCUGAAGAUUCAUCACUGAAAAUGGAUGCAUUACCCCCAUUACCUGAUAACAUUGUGCCUGAAGAAUUUUCCCUGUUCACUCAGGAGACUGCUGAUGCUUUCUCAACUCAGGAUGGUAGUGUCUCAGAACAAUCUUUAGUUAAAGAUACUUCCAGUGCAAAGAAGAGCUUGUUAGAACACCAACAAGGAGAACAUGAGACACAUUUUCAGCGUCCGGAGUUCCUGCCUGUGUCAAAUCUUAUUUCUUCUGUUCAGGCCAGUAAGAGUCCUGACUUUACCAUGAAACAAUGCAAACCAUCCUUAAUGCUGCCCAAAGCUGAGGACAGUGGUGACCUGUUAUUAUCAUUUGAAAUUGGAGACAGAGUGUUAGUAAAGCAGACCCAACUGGGAACCCUGAAGUUCAAAGGACGGACUUGUUUUGAUAGUGGUCAUUGGGCUGGUGUUGCACUUGACAAAGCUGAAGGUGAUAAUGCUGGGACUUACAAAGGGGUGAAGUAUUUUGAGUGUGCUCAGCACUGUGGUAUCUUCGUCAGACCUGAGGAGAUUUCCCACCUGUUGGAGGCUAAUGACAAUGGUUCCAAUUAUACUGGGGAUGAAGACUCUGACUCCUAUGAUGAUGAAUCCUUCAAAGGAGACCACAAAUACUCUGAAGAUAAUGAGCAGGGAGGAGGGCUUACAGAGCAGAAAGCAGAAGACACAAACGUUGCAGGAGGAUCAGAAGCAAAAGAAAACCAGUCUAGGUUAUACACUGCCCUGUUGUCUGGAGAAGGGCCCAAGCUUCUACAUUCUGACCAGUGUAAGAGUAAUGGAUUCAUCUCUCAAAAUAACUUACUGUGCUUGGGAUCAGGUAAAGAAAAAGCAGCACUGACUCAAAUAAAACAAAGGGUGCUUGCAGAUGAUGUAAGCAGAAGCAAAAAUACGUGUUGCCUGGUAGAGGAUCAGAAAAGAAAUAAACUUGCUGAUGAUAUUGCAAAUGAACUUGGUAAAAAACUUCUACUUGAUGCUUUAAUUGUGCUUUCUCAAACAGCUCAACACAAAUAUAAAAGUGCCUUUGAAAAAGAUGUGAUGAAUUAUGGCAAAGACCGAAGACAAGACAACAAUCAGAAACUGUUACUCAAAGAAAAAACAGCUGCUUUCUUAUCUGAGCAAUCAGCAAAGGCUUCUGAUGUUUUACUGUGUGAUUCUGAUAUGCUCUGCAUUCGUGGCUGUCACACCGUAGCAGAAAGAAUUGUAACUAAAUUUAAUGCAGUUAAAGAAUAUCAGAAGACUAAAAGAACACAUGGAUCAAAAGCAGACAAGAUAUUUCAUUCACCUUCAGAGUCUUCUCCAACCACUUUGCCACUUCUUACAAAAAUCCUUGAUGCUGGUGUUUUCGGAAGCCCUGAAGAUUUUGAUCAGCCUAAUUCUGACCCAUGUGUGCUGGUGAGAGAAACACCAAAGCAAUACAAGUACAAAUUAGAGCAGUGGCACUCGGCUCCUUGGAAGAAAACUGUGGAAGUUCCUCUUGUGAUACCACAUUACAGUUCAUAUGUUAAGGAAUCAUCUGCAUAUGCUGUAGAAGAACUAUGGACCCCAGAAAAUAUAUAUUCAAAUUUUAGGAGAAUCAGUGUGCCAAGGCACUUGGAAGAUAAUGAUCUCCCAGGGAACAACUUGGAAGCAGAAAGCAAGAGGAUGUACAAUCAGGUUAUAUUUGAUUUGACCUGUGAGUUGAUACAUGCAGAAUAUCAAGCGACUGCAAAUCCAAAUACAUUUCCAUGGAUGAAAGAAAACUUAAGAUCUUACUGCUCCAGGCAUCUUUGCAGAGGAACAGAUGUCAAUGAGGUCAAGAUGUUUGUUCAGGGUGAAAUUAUUAAAAUAAUGAACCUGGAAAAGAAUUACUUAGAAAUGAAAAGAAAAUUCCUUAAUAUGACCAAGUUUGGAAACUGUAAGAGAGACAGAGUGGACCUUAUCCUGGUCCAGGAGCUUGGAAAAGAAGAAUCUCAGUGGACUUACUAUGAUGAUGACGAAUUAACUGUGAAGAUGAGAAUGACUGAAGACGUAUUUGAUGGCUUGAUCCUUGAUACAAUCAGAGUUCUUAAUAGGAUUUCUCUGAGAAAAGCCUGUAAUUAGAAGUUUUCCCUAAAAGGCUCUAAUGG